AUGAAUUCUAUAUCUUUUCUUAUAAUUCUAAUCAUUAAUGGAUGCAUUAUGAUGAAUAAGACUGAAACUAGUGGAACUUCUAAUGAUAUUACUACUACUACUACUACUACUACUACUACUACUACUACUACUACUACUACUACUACUACUACUACUACUACUACUACUACUACUACUACUACUACUACUACUACUACUACUACUACUACUACUACUACUACUACUACUACUACUACUACUACUACUACUACUACUACUACUACUACUACUACUACUACUACUACUACUACUACUACUACUACUACUACUACUACUACUACUACUACUACUACUACUACUACUACUACUACUACUACUACUACUACUACUACUACUACUACUACUACUACUACUACUACUACUACUACUACUACUACUACUACUACUACUACUACUACUAAUACUAAUACUAAUGCUAAUACUAGCUAGUUACCAUGUGAUUUAUUCGCCAAUCGAAAUACGACUUAUACAAACUUGGUACUCUACGAAAUCAAUGACAUAUUGACCGGUAUGAAUAUCACCUGUUUUUUUAAAACCUUCAGCCGUAGGUAAAUCGGUGAAACAGACCACUGAGUAAGUGUAAAACAUUUUAACUGGAUAAUCAUAUUGUUUAUCUUGAUAAUUGACUAGUUGAAGUCACUGUCCAAUGAAAUGAAUUGUGAUUUACAUUAUUGAUUUUACUGCAUCUGAGAAAUUUGUCUACUUACAUUUUAUUGGUUGCAAUGUACGAAUAUCCUUUAACUAUUCCAAGAUGUCAUUGCCUUACUUUUUUAUCAAAGUAACCAAAAUCAGUAAUCUAUGAUUUAUACUUAAAACUUUCCAAGUUUAGAUGUAAAUAAGCGAUCGUUGAUCAUAGAUCAUAAUGAUCUAGUUUCAAUUGACUCAUGAUCUCAAUCAUUGAAAUCACUAUAAUAUCAACAAAAACCAUUCUGAUAUGAAUUAACAUAUGCUCACUGGUGACUGGCUUCAAGAGACACUGCUGGAGUUCUAGUGAGAAACAGUGACCAACCAGAUCUGCUGUGAGAUAUCAGUUCACUGAAGACAAUGAUGUACGGUGGCGCGAUUUCGUGGACUGAUUGAAGUUAGGCAUUAGCACCACUGGAUUCUGGCUCAGUCGGUUAAUGGUCAAGCGCUCACGAGCAAAACUAACAGAUCUUGGGUACGAAUCUGGAUAAGGGAAGGGUCGUGGAUGUGCACUGCUGAGAAUUCCCAUACUAGGAUGAAAUGAUCAUCCUGUGCUUCAAGGUUUUCCAUGAUGGUCUACCUUCAAUUGACUCAUGACAUGAAAUAAUGUUUGUAUUGAUUCAACACAUAUCAAAUGUUAACUUUCAAUUAAUGCUUUCAACAGUUAUUGAAAUGGAGAUUUUCUUUGAUUGAUGCAUAUGUGCCUGGUCCCACGUUGCAGCUGACUGACUGAAUAACUUAACGACACAGUUUGCCACGACGCGCAAUGCUGACUAGUGUUGGAAGGAAGUUAGGAGCAACCAAAUCAAAAAGGUGGUAUCAGUUCUUUAAGUCACUAAUUUCUAGUCUUAGCCAUGUUGAUAGAUGCAGACCACUUAGUUGGGGUUCGCGUGACUAUCGUAACCAAUUGUUGGAGACUUUGUGUGACAUGGCUCACAAUCGAUCGCAAUGGUGUAAGUGUAUACACUCAUUGUCUUCCCUUAAACUAUGAGAUUUAAAUCGCACCAUAUCGUUCUUUCUACGAACUAAUUCUUUCUUACUGUAUUAUAUUUUCAUAUGCAAUCUUCUAUAUAUUACCACCAGUGAAUGAAAUACUUUUAUGAAUUUGGUGUUCAUCUUGUUGAAAUAGAUGGUUUAACUGUGUAGCGUUCUACCUUUAUUUUGAAUGACAUUGUCAAAGUAAUUUGAAUAUUAAUCGACUUAUAUUCAGGAGUAGUACACAACCACUUGUUGGU